AUGACUCAGUACUCUACAGGAUCCGGGGUCGAAGUGGGUUUUGAGUCCUUCGUCAAAGAGCUCUACGCCUCCGCGGAGGACCCGUCCGCUACAAGCACUUUUACCGAUUUCUUCACACCCAACGGGCAGCUCAUUGUUCUUGAGAACACCGCUACUGGCUCCGAAGAGAUUGUCGCGCUGAAGGAGGAGCUUCUCCCCGUAGCUGGCAACAAGCUUUGGAACCAUCUUCCUAACGUGACCACCGUUGAUUCAGAAACAACUGCCGAGAAGACAUACCAGGUGCUUGGUGUUAUCGAGACGAGAUACGAUGGUGGAAACUGCUCUCAGGCCUACUACUCGACCCGCUUUACCGUUACCAAGGACGCCAGCGGGUUACCCCAGCUCACACCCCACAGUGGAAGCCUCGUCGCGUACGACGAUUUCAUCCCCAAGCACCAAAAGCAAGGCAUGUCUCACAGACCAUCUAUGUCCUCCACAGAGAUGGUCAAGACGUCCGCGCGCGACAAAUAUGUCGUAAUCGAAGAGGCUCCGCAAGGCUUCCACGGUGGCAAACAGAACGUCGGUGUCUACGUUGUUAAGUAUCGCCCUUCGAAUGCAAUAUGCGUCGAAAAACGUGUGACUGCGUACCAAAACGGUGUCCAUUCGAUCCACAGCGAGAUUGCCACCAUGGAACAGUGCCGGACUCAUCCUAACAUUGCAUCAAUCAUGGACAGCGACACAGCAGAUCUUGACCACACGUAUGGUUCAAUCUGGAUGCAGCACUGCGAGCUCGGUUCUUUGGAUGCGCUAAUUAUGCGGUACAAAGAACGCGAGAUGCAUAUCCCAGACGAAGGUUUCUUUUGGAAAGUAUUCUGGGAUAUUUCACAGGCUCUCUGCUAUCUUUGGACGGGUCAGGAUUACAAAAAGACACGCGAUUACGCUAUGCAGGGCCGACCAGUAGAGGGCCGCGUGCGUGGUUGGAACGCCAUUCGUCAUCGCGACCUAAAGCCAGCCAACAUCUUGUUGACAUGGUCUAGCACUCUAGCUGGCGACACGAUGAAUAGCUACCCGACUGUAGUACUCUGCGACUUUGGCUGCAGUGUAAAGUCUACGGAUAUUAGUUUGAACAACCAAGCCGCAAAGCUACUCGCUUGGGAAAACGUCGCUUUCGAGCCUCCGGAGUCUACCUACAGCGAAAGAGGAGACAUAUAUGCACUCGGUCUGAUUUUGCUCUGCCUGGGACAAAUGCGACAGCGUCCUAACAUGGAUGUACUCGAUCCAGAGUGCGAUCCAUUAGGAUACUCUAAUUACUUCCAGUUGGAACUGGGAUCGCUAGUUGGAGAAUGCUUGGAGCCUGAUCCAAGUGACCGACCGGAACAACGAAUUUUACCCGUGGCGGUUUGGGAAGGCUACCAGGAGUGGCGCUCAUACAAUGAUGGCGACGGGAAACCACUACCAAAAUGGGCGUUUGAGUAG